AUGGUACUACGCACCCUCGGCGCCAAAGCAGCCGCAGCGCUCGACCAAGAGCUCAUGAGCACCGGCGCGUUUUCCAUCGACCAACUCAUGGAACUUGCUGGCCUGUCUGUCUCACAAGCUCUCUUCAAGCUCCAACCACCCAGCAAAGGCAACCGUAUCUUGAUUGCCGUAGGACCUGGAAACAAUGGCGGUGAUGGUCUAGUCGCUGCCAGACACCUCUGGCACUAUGGCUACAAGCCUACUGUGUAUUACCCCAAGCAACCCAAGAACGAGUUAUAUCAGCGUCUCGCUCAACAACUCCGCGACCUCCAUAUCCCCUUUACCUCUGACUUUUCCGCUCAACUCUCAUCUACCGACUACAUAAUCGACUCCAUUUUCGGCUUCUCUUUCUCUGGAGAAGUUCGCGAACCUUUCCCUUCCGUCAUUGACGCCCUUCAGACCUCCAAGGUUCCUGUUUUGGCUGUCGAUGCACCCAGUAGUUGGAACAUUGAGACUGGCCCUCCUGAUCAGGGUCCAGGAAAAGGAUAUAACCCUGAUGCCUUGAUCAGUUUGACGGCGCCAAAGCCAUUGGUCAAGUGGUUCGAGGGUAGACACUUUGUGGGUGGAAGGUUCUUGUCGCAGGACAUGGCGGACAAGUACAAACUGGACAUUCCCCCAUAUGAGGGGCUUGAUCAGGUUGUUGAGGUGCCUGUCAAAUGA